AUGAUAAUAGUUGCUGGGUCGUUUGUCUUAACACCAGCUACGGCUCUGAGAUAUGAGCGAUACGACCGCAAAGUCAAGCAGCUAAAUCAAGAGGAGGCGAUGAGCUUAGGUCUCAAGGGCCCGGAUGGAGAAGAGGGUAUCAAGAGAAAUCCUCGGAGGAGAAUUAUCGGAGACGAAAGAGAGGAAUAUUAUAGGCUCAUGGCCAAGGAUCUGGAUGACUGGGAGCAGAAGCGGGUAAAGAGAUUCAAGGGCGAGCCCGAUGGGAAACUAUAA